AUGGACGAUUUUUUGGGCGAUUCCGUUAACUGCCAUUUUCUUCUUCGAGAGAGCGUCUUUCCGACCGUUGUAUUCCGUUUAGAUCGGGUCAAACAAGGCGGUUUCCUUCCGUUGGGCUCUGUCCUUAACGGUUUUCGUGUCUCAUCCUUCCCUGAUGAGUAUCACUGUCCGAAACCGCCAUGGAUAGCCAUCUCUAUAAAUGGGUUCGGUAUUUCUUGGUUUUUUCACACAAUCGAAAUCUCAAUUCCAAAUCACAAAAUGAGUGACUCAAUUGGACGUCGUAUUCAAGAUCUGACUUUGGGAGCGGAAGACGCUCCGAUCUCGUUGUCGGUGGCUGUCUGUAAUCAAGCGGCAAGUGCGAACAGAUUCUGUCUGAUUGGGGCUCCUGUUAACCCAAGCAGGCAAAAUCUUCGUGCUCUCAUCGGCCAGAUGCCAAGAUUCUGGGGCCUUGGCGGAUCUGUCGUUGGACGCAUUUUGGAAAACAACCAAUUCCAGUUUGUUUUCACUUCUGAAGAGGCGAUGAAUCUCACUGUUCGUAGAGGCCCUUGGUAUUUCAACGAAUGGAUGAUUGUUCUUCAACGAUGGACUCCUAAUUUCCCUCCGGAAACACUGAAGAUCAUUCCUUUCUGGAUUCAGAUCCGCGGAAUCCCUCUGCAGUUCCUCACACGCACAAUGAUCGGUUUCAUCGGCGGUGUUCUGGGUCCGGUGACUGAGAUCGAUUUCGAUGAAAACUCCACUCGUGUGGAUUUCGUCAGAGUGAAGAAGGAUUGUCCUCUGAAUGGUGAGGAUGGUGAUCUGGGUCCGGAUUUUCAAGGUGAGAACCAUGAUGACGAAGGCCAUGACCAGGACGACAACAAUCCGGUCGAUGAAGGUAACAACAACGCUCUGCAAUUGGAAGUCAUGUCUCCGGCUCCUCUGAUUCCGGGUUUGGGCAUGGACGGAGAAGAAGCCUAUGUUCCACAAGCAAUUGCAGACAGAGAUUUGGCAGUUGAGACAGUCCGCUAUCUACAGGCAAAGAUGGCUAAAGGGAAGUUCACUGAAUCCGAUUUUCUGUCUGUUUUUGCUGCAUACACAAGACAUGAGGAGUCUCCAGGAUCGCUCAAGUGUAAGCGCCGAUGCGUUGACCCAGGAAUGCAGUUUCCAUCAUACGAUGAAGGUUAUGGGAUGGCCCUGAGUCCCAUAGCGAGGUUUGAGUCCGGUUUUGACGUGAGGACCGGAUAG